ACAGACGCGAGGAGUUCCGCAUAAAUAUUUUGCAUCGCGAUAACACUGUUGUUAUAUAUCAGGUGUAUUUUUGGCACCUAUGACUUAUGACCGAUUUUUACCUUAAUGUCUAUGACUGUAUAGCACUAUGAGUGAUAACAGAAGAAAAAGAUACAACCCAGGGCAGCGCACGCGGCCAGAUAACGGAGAAAACAACCACAGAAUCUCGUCUGCCCCUCUGCGGGGAUCAAGUCGGAAUAACAAUUCACAAUCCAGCCAUCAUAACUCCUCAAGAAUGAACAGUUACGACCAUGUCCGCAAAAUAGUUCAAGAAGAAGGAAGGACUGCAAGAAAUCUAGUUCUGUAUAAUGUUCCCGUCAGACAACACACAGAGUCAUCAUACAAAAAACCGUUAAAAGACCAAACCCCACAGAAGAAUUUCCGAGCCAAGUCUCGGUCUGUGUCCGAGUCCGACUCCAAGAGUCUCCAUGACCUGACCAAAUCUCCAAAGUCCGACUCGGGCACCAGGAAAGCUGAUCGGCGAGCCCGGUACUGGAAAUUCUUGUUUGACAACCUGCAGCGAGCUGUGGAUGCCAUAUAUGAUACCUGUGAGACAGACGAAAGUGUUGUAGAAUGCAAGGAAGUGAUCAUGAUGUUGGACAACAGUACCCGGGACUUUAAGUCGCUGAUUGAGCGUCUCCACACAAUGAAGGCGUAUGAGGACGCCACAAAGGACGGAGACAGACCUAACUCCAUCGCGUGGGAAGUGAGGAAAAUGUCUCCAGGGAAGACCACCAGUCAGGGACAGGGACCAGUCAACGCUCCCACCAGCCCCGCCCAGCGGGUGCUACUAUUUACAGACACCAAUAAAACAGAACCAGAGACCAAGAGGAAUGGUAACAGUUGGGCUGACAAAGUACGGGGAAAGGUCUCUCCCUCCGACUCCCCAGGGGUAGGAGGGAGCCCAUCCCCCUCUACCUCCUCCCCUCAGACACAAGACAACUCUUCACCUGUGUCCCCGGGGCCAGUCCUACCUUCCCCACCGCCUAAACAGAACGGUCACAUGGACGAUGUUGACACGGAUGGGAGUACCACUAUAGAAGAUGAUGAUGAGGGUUGGGAGACAGUCAGACCAACAAAGGGUCGGGCCAGGAACUCUCCCUCUCAGAGAUCUCUGGAAAGUCUAACAGGGGUGGGGAAAUCCCCGGCCAAACUUCAGCGCACUUACUCCGACCCUCAUGCGGGGGGUCUGAGGCGACCGCCCUGGAAUCACGGGGGUGGGAAAGGAAGAACCCCACCCCAAAAAACACGGUCCUCACUUGGAGAGAGCCGAGACAGCGAGAAAGAAAACCGUCCUCAGACCCUGUCUUUGUCCAAAUCAAGACUGGAUUACAACAAAAGUUGGUCAACAGGAACCCUAAGUAAACUGACAAAGUCCUACAGUAGCUCUGUCUCACAGAGCAGCAAGUCCCCACCCACAGUCAGCACACAGGAGAACAGGGGGGAGAGGAAGCCCGCCCCUGAGAGAGAACCCCCCAGAGCUCAGGAGGGACUGGUUAACAAGAUGGUGGAGGAGGUCAAGGCGGUUUCCCCGGUGAUGGAGGAGUCUGCUACAGAGGACGAGGAGGCUCUGGUCAUUGACAAGGCGCUGGAGUCUGUGAUGGACGAGGAAGAGAAACUGACCAAUGAGCUAGAGGCAGAGCAGCAGCAGGCGUUACAGACAGCAAUCGAGGAGGAGGAGUCGUGGCUGAAGGAGCUCGCUCGGGAGGAGAACACCGUCAUCGAUGUCGAGACCGAGACAGAGACGGAGAAUGAGCUCGGGAACACCAUGAGUUCCCUGGAAUCCUCUCAACCAUCUCUGGACUGGGACACCAUCUGUGCUCAGUAUGAAGCCCAGUCAGACAGUGAGAAGAGCAAGUCAUGGGGGGACAUGGUGGAGGAGGAUGAACAGGAAGUCAGGACCCCUGGCCACGCCGUGCACAUGCACGAAAAGCUGUCCUCUCCCUCCCGUAAAAGAUCCCCUACAGAGUCGAGAAAGAGGCAUGAACAAAAGCAGGCCAAAGCCAGGCAGCUGAGAGAGAAGCUGAUGCAGGAAAAAGCAGAGAGACUCAAAGAAAUCUCAAAAAAGGUUGAGGAGGUGCGAGCAUGGAAGGAUGAGCUGCUCCAGCAGAGGAAGGGAACCAUACAGAAGAAGAUGGCCAAGGCAGAGGAGAGGAGGCAGCUACAGAUCAGGAUCAAGGCCCAGAAAGCUCAUGAAGAGGAGGCCAAGGGCAAAGAAAUAGAAUUUAUCAACACUCUGGAGGCUCAGAACAAACGGCAUGAGAUCAUGUCCAAGCACCAGGUGUCUGAGGCCCGGCUACAGGACAUACAGGAUGAGCGUCAGCGUCGACAUGAAGAAAAGCUGGCUAAGGAGGCGGCCGUGGAAGAGAGGCGGAAAGCUCUGGAGGCGGACCGACAGGCCAGGCUAAAGGAGAUGGAGGAAAAACGGAAACAGAGGUCCGCCCGGGCGGAACAGCAGCAGUUGGAGCGCGAAAAGGAGAGACUGGAGAAUAUCAGGGCCAAAGAGAGAGAAAGAGAGGAGAGGUUAGCUGUAUUGAAUGCACAACACCAGCAGCAUAUACAGGAGUUACAAAAGAAGAUCCAACAGAAACAAGACGAGACGAGCCAGCGCCACCAGGAGAAUCUACAGCAGAUCCGAGAAAAGGCGUUUGAGAUGAGUAUCUUGAAGCAUUCAACCGAAGAACACAAUGAGGCACCCAACGUUGUACCGUACGACCACAAGAAACUGUGUACUAUCUGUAACGUACUGAUUACGUCAGAAGUCUACUUGCUGAGCCACUUGAGAGGGAAGAAACAUCAGCAGGCUCUACAGGACAACAACUCGGGAAAAGCCAUGUCAAAGCAGGAAAUCGAGAACUUUAACCUGAAGCACAUUGUGAAUGCUCCCACAAACAGCACCCACCCCAAGAUAGUGUCGGAGAAAGAGCGGCUCAAGUCCAUGAAGAAGCGCUCCAAGAAACUCCGACAGCGGAUGACCACUAGAGGACAUGAGUAUGAGAAUUCUUUGUCCCAGAAACAGCAGCAAGUUGAGUCCGAGCACAAAGCAAAGAUACACAAGAUAGUGCGUGACCUCAACAAGUACCUACAGACCCAGGACUCGGGGCCCUGGCCCCAGAACAAAGUGUCCGCCCUGGACCGCGCCCUGGGCGAGAUCGGCAGGAUCAUGGACAAAAAGAGUGCCAAUGACCAAGGGGCGCUGCGAGUGUUGGGGGGACUGAACAGUCUGAGUAGGAUCCUCCAUGUCCUGGACAACCCCUCCCCAGAUCUACCCCCUGUCAUCCCUAUCAAAACUCUGACCCUGGCCAGCACCGUGUGUAGACAGGCGUGUAAGAGUAACUAUGACAACUGUCACUACAUGCUGUUCACCAACAAGAUCGGAGUCAUCGCCGACCUACUCAUACAGAGGCUCACAUACCUGUUACCUGAUGCCCAGCCUCGCCCUGGAUCCGGCCAAUCAGCUGUCAGCUCCCUGUCUGGUGGUAGCACCACAAGUGGUACCACAGGUAGCCGCCUGCCCUACGACCCCCUGGCCGUCAGUCUGAUGCAGCUCCUGGCCACCGUGCUCUCGUGCUUAGCUAAGCACAGCCCCGCCUCUAACGUCAGCGAAGCGUCUGCCGAACGGAUGAGUGGAACCGUGGAUACGGUGUCCACUCGCAGCAACGACCUUAUUAGCUACGUGGUCAGUGUGGGUAUUGUGGACAAGCUGACCCAGUAUUUCCGUAAGGUCCAGGGCCCGAUCGAUGAUGACAAAGACGGAGCCGAGUUCUUACAGCAUAGCUUAGGACUUCUCGUCGCCAUGACCAAAAUCAUGUCGAAACGAAAUGCGGCCAUCUUUGAGCGUAAGAAACAGGAGGACCCUACCCAGUUGAUUAGUACGUACGAGGCGACGGAGCUGGUGGGCAUCGUGUCCUUGCUGUAUGGCAUGCUGCUCCACUCGGGUGCCCCCAGCAGGGGGGAUCUGUCCCCGCCCGAACUCCCCCAGCACACCAUGGCUGUCAUACUGACCGGCAUCAAGAUGCUCAACAACAUGGCCACCUUUAGUCUGGAGAUGUUACAGAAAACCCUAGGUGAGGAGGGCAUGUCGUUGGAGUUCCGACACAUCGCAAGUUACCUGAUCUGGUACUGUAGCCGCCUCACCGCAGAGGAGCUGCUACACGAGGUGGUUCUCUGUGUCGGCUACUUCACCGUCCUCAACCCUGAAAACCAGGUAGUGAUUCAAUCCGGCCAGUCACCCACCGUCCUUCAACAGAUGUGUUCCCUGCCGUUCCAGUAUUUCAGUGACCCCCGCCUGACCGCCAUUCUGUUCCCCACCCUCAUCGCCUGUUGCUAUGUCAACAAGUCCAACACAGUCAUCCUGGAGCAGGAACUCAGCUGUGCCCUGCUGUCCAACUUCAUUGAGGAGAAAAUUUUGGAGAACCAGGCUAAAUCCUCACCAAGUUCCACAUCCAAGAAAGCCCAGGAGAAGGAAGCAGGGGACCAGCGGAUGUCCCUGCUCUCUCGGUUUCCACGGGAACAGCUGACCGCCGCCCAGGAGUACUUCAAGGUCUCCUAGUGAUAUCAUCAAGGGUCAAAAGUCACAAAGGAUGAACUUUGAAAGAGAUCUGAGCACUUGAUCAAUCCAUGUCAGAUAUUAAUUUAUUUAUCUUAUUUAUUUAUUUUUUUACAUGGGACCAUUUAUUUUGCUGCUUAUUUUGUGUAUCUGGUGUUUGUGUUCUGAUUGUAUCAUUGUAACAAAAUUAUUUCAAUUUGUUGAAUCCGUCCAUCAGUAAUAAUCCACAGUUUUGAUCUUUUACAUGUAGUUUCAUUUGUAGUGUGGGUUUUUAUUUACCUGCUUAUUUCCACUUGAUUUAGCUGUUUUGAUUUUAAUAUGUUUGUAUCAAUUAUGUUUGUUGAUUUUGAGAAUCAUUUGACUGAAGAUUUUUUAUUUUUAUAUUACAUUAUUUGAUAACAUAGAUGUAUGUUGAGAUACUGUAUGCCAUAGAGCAUACCCUGUUUGUAAGGUUGAAAUAUCACAGAAGAUUUUAUUUUCCUUAUUUCUGUAUGAUUUACAUCGCACUGUAUCAGAAUUCAUGCUGUUUUGUGUUUGUUCUUUUACACCUUUGUGUUUUGAGUGGGUUUCUAAAACCAAAACUAGCCAAGUGUGACGAUGAAUAAAAAGAGGUUGAAGGUCAUUGAUUGAGGAGAUCAAGGUCAAGUUCAUGUGUAUGUGCAGAUCUGAACAAAUGAUAUUAUCCAAACAAAGAAUUGUGAUAUGAUAUUUGUAGAUUUAGAUCCAAUAUGUGUGUAUAAGAUGAAAUAUGGGUAUGAGAUGAAGGGUUUAUUUAUGUGAAUGUAUGAUUCUGAGCAAUGUUCCAGGGUUGUGAAGUGUGUGGUUGGCUAUGUUUUUACUUUGUGUAUGUGGACUGAGAUCUUUUACUUUGUGGAGACCCUGCUGCUAUUGUUGUGUUUGUCAAUCACUCUGAAGUAUUAAAAUACUGCAUUAUC